CAAACCAGUUAUCUAGCAGGGCUGGUUAUAUAAAUGACGCUCUGGCUCAGAGGUCAUAGUAGAGCUGAGGAAUUAGGAGUAGCAUUCCUAAGAGAGAGAGGGAAACCUGCCUGAACACUGAGCCGGAUUAGUCAUCCUUCUGACUUGUGCUGCACUUCCAUACAGAGGUUCUGACAGCUUCUACAGGUGCCAUCCAAAAACAGACUGACAGUAAGGCUGAGAAUCUGCAGAUCAAGUGCUCUUCAUCUCUCACCACCAGCUGACAGCAUGGAGUGUUGGAGAAGGAUUUGCAGUGUACUCAUUUUCUUUUAUUUUCACAUGCUACAACUUGCAUGUUGCACAACAGUUGUUCCUUUAUGUAAAUCUGAAGAUUCUGUGGAGAACUGCACAACUGCAAUGGUGCAAACAGCUGUAAGUCCACGUGUGACGGUAGUAAAGGUAGCAAGAUGUGAGAAAGAUAUGAGCACCUACUGUAUGAAUGGGCACUGCUUGUACCUAGUGGAGUUGGAUGAACACUACUGCAGGUGUGAAAGAGGUUAUUUGGGCAUUCGCUGCUCUCACUUAGACCUUGUCAAACAGCCCAUGAGUGAAGAAUACCUGGCACUCACCAUCUUUCUAACAUCACUGCUGCUAGUCACAGCUGCCUUGGCUGCAUUUUUUGCAUACAAUUGGUAUAAAAGUAAGAAAUCAAGCCAGUCCGAGCAGAAGUACAAAGAAGUCAAUACGCAUAACAUAUAGAGAUCCCUGCUUUCUAUGAAGGUCAAAGAAAGACUGAUGAAUUUGCCGUUUUUGUGACACAGGCCAUAAAACUGCAUUUGAAAAAAAAAAAAGCUUUAACAAAAAGAUUAUUUUCUUAUUUUUUUGUAUUUUUCAUUAUUUAUACAUGUGUUUUAAGCAUACGUUAUGCACUGCAGGUCAACCAUGAAUGUGUUAUUACUAUUGGUGUUGGUGUUAGUUUAUAUGUGUUAUUUGUGACCAACACGUUAUAGUAUAUUUGUUUCCUGUAAAUAUUUGAUAAAUCUACCAAUUUUUUUUGUAUGCUGCAAACUCACAUUUUCUAUGGAAUAUUUAUGUACUUUUUAUUUGUUUUAAAUUAUAUUUAAAAUUGUUUUGUAAUGUUUAUGUCGCUAGUGUGGCUGUUGUUCCAUGUUUGGUGCAUCGCAUAACAUAUUUUGCAGUGAUUCCCUUUAAUUGUGCAAGAUCAUGGAUUAUGUACUGUAGGUUAAACUGUGUUCAUAGAUGGUAUAAAAACUAGGUAUAUAAUCAAUGUACCUAUUAGUGCUUGCAGGACAAGUUGUGUUAAUUGUGUUCAUUCUAGAUAAUUGUUUCCAUGUCAUCUCUAACUCCUCUUUUUUUUAUAGCUAAAUCUAUCCUUUAACUUGCAUUUAACACCAUCACCACUUCUUGACUAAUUCAUUUAGUAUAUAUGAAAAAAAACAAGCAAACUUGCAUUUGUAAAUUAUAGUCAUAUGCAAAAUGGUUUAUCAAUGUGCAGUACCCAUGGCUAUGAGAGCCAUGUUUAGCAUUCUCUGUUUUUCCUUUAACAGACAAAAAAGAACAUUACUAAAUAAUUACAUAUUUAUCUGAUGAACAGGGGUGUAUCUUCCUAUUGGCCAGGAUGGCACUUGCCAGGGGCGCCGGCCAAGAGGGGGGCGCCGACCGGCAGUGCCACCCGCUCCAGGGGUUAGAAUGACAUAGUAGUUCUCACUGAGUACAUCCCUUAGCAGUGCUCAUCCACUGCCGGACUCUCAGAAGCAUAUUGCACUCUGACACUCUCUGUGACUACAGUCACAAUGAUGGUGAAUAUAGCCAGGGAGCAGGGAACUUCCAGGUAGGGGCAGGGGCGAGGCACCUCCUCUUCCUCAUCCGCUCCCCUUCUCAUUGGUCCCACGCGGUCUGUCACCAAACACCAGCCACUAUAAUCAGCACCAGUCAGCAGUGCAGCAUGACCAUAACUGUACAUUUUCUGCGGUACCAUAGCUGCACUGCAUGGUCUAUCCUGGCAGUCUGGAUCACAGGUUACAAAGAGCUCUGUAUAGAGAGGUAUCUAUGUCCAGCAGUGUUGAGACUACAAGUCCCAGCACACCUUGUCAAUUGGAUUUGCUGGGACAUGUAGUGAAAUCACACCUAGAGGUUUUUUUUUUUAACUGUAUGUAUGUGUGCAUAUAUCCCCUCGGUGUCCCUGUCCACGCCCACCUCGUAAUUCCCCCUUAGUGUCACUGCCCGCACCAUCCCUGUAACUGCCCCCUCAGUGACCCUGCCCAUACACUCCUGUAAUUCCCUCUCAGUGUCCCUGCCUGCACCCUUCCCAUAAUUCCCCCUCAGUAUCCCUGCUUGCACCCUUCCCGUAAUUCCCUCUCAGUGUCCCUACCAGCACCCUAACCGUAAUUCCCCCUCAGUGUCCCUGCCUGCACACUCCUCGUAAUUCCCCCUCAGUCUCCCUGUCUGCACCCUCUCCAUAAUUCCAUCUCAGUGUCCCUGCCCGCACGCUCAUCGUAAUUCCUCCUCAGUGUCCCUGCCCGUACCCUCCCCGUAAUUCCCCCUCAGUGUCCCUGCCCGCACACUCCAGUAAUUCCCCCUCAGUGUCCCUGCCCGCACACUCCUGUAAUUCCCCCUCAGUGUCCCUGACCACACCCUACCUGUAAUUGCCCCUCAGUGUACCUGACCUCAGCCUCCCUGUAAGCCCUCCACCUCAUUGUCCCUACCCGCACCCUCCCUGUAAUUCUCCCUCAGUGUCCCUGACCUCAGCCUAUCUGUGACUCCCCCCUCUGUGUCUCUGGGUGGGGGAGAUGGGGGGCGCCAGUUCUUUACUUUGCCAGGGGCGCUCAGACCCCUAGAUACACCCCUGCUGAUGAAUGCUGUUCAGUUACUCAACAUAGAUAGCAGAACAUUUUUUAACAAAUGUUAUUGUAUUACACUACUGUACAUAUAUUUUGCUAUUAGUCCCUUGUGUUCUCUUUACUUGAAUAGCCAUUUGGGUAUUUAGAGAUAACAGUCCGUAAACAUGCUACUGUAUAUUUUUGAUGUUCAAGGCUUGUAGUUGCAUUAUACCAGAAUGUCAGACUUAUUUUAACUGUGCACUUUUAGAACAACUGUUAGGAUUUCUAAAACCCAUUAAAAAUACAAAGUUAAAAUUCUGACUAUAUUUAAUGGAGUGCUGCUAUAUUAUACAAUAUUGUUAUUGAAUUAAAUAAUAAAGACAGUAUUUUUGAGCAGCAAUGUUAACCAUUAAAGGGGUCUAAUCAUGAAGCAGUGAAAACAGUGGAGAAACAGACCAGUGAAGAAGUUGCCCAUGGCAACCACUCAGCCCCCCCUUACAUUUUAUAGAAUGUACUUCCUUCAAAGCUUAUUGAUUGCCAUGGGCAACUUCUCCACUAGCCCAUUUCUCCACUCUUUUGCUGCUUCAUGAAUAGACCCUAUAAUAACUUUGGAAUAUAUGUUUUACUGUUAAACUGUAUCUAGCACAUACACACACAGUAUUGGCAGCUAUUUUGUGAGGCAAUCCAAUAUUCAUGUGAAUAAGACUUCAUGCCAUAUGUUUCAGCAAUGUCACUAAUUCCUACAUUAAGAAUUAAAAGGCUGUUUUCUAAUGAAUAUUAAGUAUUUGUCCACAAAAAGGAUGCUUACAAUAAAUACAGGCAAUUGAUAUGAAUUGCCUCUAGAAUUUAAGUGUAUUGGUAAACUCUGGCCAGUUCUUGAUCCUAUCAUGUUAAGUACAGCUAGCAUUUCCACAGUUCAAGAAACAUGAGGCAAUGUAAAUUUAGAUGUAACAUUGUUUUAAUGACUGCUGCUGACACUUUCUAAAUGACUGCCAUUUUAUCUCUGGAACAAUAAUUUUGAAUAAUCAAGGCUUUAUGUGGCUGAUAACUGCAAUAGUUUCUAAUUCAAUGCUAAACUUUAUUAAAAGGAUGUGUUAUUUUGACAAUUAACUUUUUUUGUGAUAAAGUGUGUUUAAAGAAAAACUUGCAGUUCAGUAAACAUUUCUUGUGUUAAAAUAAAUAGUUCUACUGUUCUAUCCUGUUUAUGUCUUCUAUAU